AUGCCUCGCAAGGCAAUUGAUUCGCGGAUUCCCGCACUUAUCCGAAAUGGCGUCCAGGAAAAGAAGCGUAGCUUCUUCGUGGUCGUUGGCGACCAUGCCAAGGAUGUGAUCGUUCACCUUCACUACAUCAUGUCCAGCGUGGAUGUGAAGCAGAACAAGUCGGUCUUGUGGGCUUACAAGAAGGAUCUGCUUGGGUUCUCCAGUCACCGAAAGAAGCGCGAGGCUAAGAUCAAGAAGGAGGUCAAACGAGGCAUCCGCGAACCCAACCAGGAAGAUCCGUUCGAGCUUUUCAUCACCCUCAACCAAAUCCGCUAUGUCUACUACAAGGAAACCGAGAAGAUUUUGGGUAACACAUACGGCAUGUGUGUGCUGCAGGACUUUGAGGCCAUGACCCCCAACUUGCUUGCUCGAACCGUCGAGACUGUCGAGGGUGGAGGUAUGGUCAUUUUGUUGCUUGAGAGCAUGACCAGUCUGAAGCAGCUUUACACCAUGUCCAUGGACAUCCACUCGCGUUAUCGCACAGAGGCCCACGACGACGUCGUUGCUCGUUUCAACGAACGUUUCAUCCUUUCUCUGGGAAGCUGUGAUUCCUGUCUGGUGGUCGACGACGAGUUGAAUGUGUUGCCCAUCUCUGGCGGCAAGACCGUCAAGCCUCUUCCCGCCCCUGAAUCCGCCGAAGAAGCCCUCACUGCGCCCCAGAAGGAGCUGAAGGAAAUCAAAGAGAGCCUUGCUGACGCACAGCCCGUCGGCCCUCUGUUGAAUUUGGCACGCACUACCGACCAAGCCAAGGCCCUCCUCACUUUUGUUGAUGCGAUCGCCGAGAAGACCCUGAAGAGCACUGUCGCUUUGACCGCUGGUCGUGGACGCGGAAAGUCCGCCGCUCUGGGUGUUGCCAUCGCUGCCGCCAUCGCGCACGGUUACAGCAACAUCUUCAUCACAUCUCCCAGCCCGGAGAACUUGAAGACCCUCUUUGAGUUCAUCUUCAAGGGCUUUGAUGCUCUUGGUUACCUUGACCACGUUGAUUACACUAUCCUGCAAUCUACCAACCCCGACUUCAACAAGGCCGUUGUGCGUGUCAACAUCCACCGCAACCACCGUCAAACCAUUCAGUACAUCCAGCCCCAGGAUGCCCAUGUCCUGGGUCAGGCUGAGCUCCUUGUCAUUGAUGAAGCCGCAGCUAUUCCAUUGCCCUUGGUGCGGAAACUUAUGGGACCAUACCUGGUCUUCAUGUCUUCCACCAUCAACGGUUACGAAGGCACGGGCCGGUCCCUGUCUUUGAAACUCAUCCAGCAGCUGCGCGAACAGUCCCGCAGUGGAGUCAAGACAGAUGACACCGAUGUUGCAGACCGCAGCACCGGCAAGUCGGCCAAGGAUACUGACAAGAACCUUACUGGCCGAAGCUUGCGGGAGAUCACUCUCGCCGAGCCCAUUCGUUACGCCCCCGGUGAUUCCGUCGAGAAGUGGUUGAACAAGGUUCUUUGCCUCGAUGCAACCCUUCCCAAGUCUCGCAUGAACACACAAGGCUGCCCCCACCCAUCCCAAUGUCAGCUGCUUCAGGUCAACCGUGAUACCCUCUUCUCAUUCCACCCUGUUUCGGAGAAGUUCUUGCAACAAAUGAUGGCCCUUUACGUUGCCAGUCAUUACAAGAACACCCCGAACGACCUGCAGCUUAUGAGUGAUGCCCCCGCCCACCAGCUUUACGUCCUUGUUCCACCCAUUGACGAGGAAGCCACCAAGCUUCCUGAGCCUCUUUGUGUGAUCCAAGUCGCUCUUGAAGGUCGCAUCAGCCGCCAGAGCGUGCUUAACAGCCUAAGCCGUGGCCAGCGUGCCGGAGGUGACCUGAUCCCCUGGUUGGUCAGCCAACAGUUCCAGGAUGAGAACUUUGCCAGUCUCUCUGGUGCUCGUGUGGUCCGUAUUGCCACCAACCCCGAAUACAUGGGCAUGGGAUACGGAUCCCGAGCCAUGGAGCUCCUUGUCGACUACUUCGAGGGCAAGUUCACGAACCUGGAGGAGAACAGCACUGCCGCCGAGGAGGAGAUGGUCCGUGUUACCGACGAAGAGCUCGCCGGCUCUAGCCUCCUGGAUGACAAUGUCCAGGUUCGGGACAUUCGCACAAUGCCUCCUCUGUUUGGCAAGCUGACCGAACGUCGUCCUGAUGCGCUUGACUACAUUGGUGUCAGCUACGGUCUGACUCCUUCCCUUCACAAGUUCUGGAAGCGUGGCUCUUUCCACCCCGUCUACCUGCGCCAGACCCCCAACGAACUCACUGGCGAGCACUCAUGCGUCAUGGUCCGCACCCUGACCAGCGCUGAAACCGACGAUGCCUGGCUCAGCGCCUACGCCCGCGAUUUCCACAAGCGUUUCCUCUCACUUCUGUCAUACCAAUUCGGCCAGUUCCCAUCCGUGCUCUCCUUGAGUAUCUGUGAGUCUGCCAACGCCGGUUCCAAGAAGGACCCGAAGUUCAAGCCUCGUUUGUUGAAGAAGGGCGAUCUCGACGCCGAAUUCUCGCCGUUCGAUCUCAAGCGUCUUGACAGCUACGCCAACAACCUUUUGGAUUACCACGUCAUCCUCGAUAUGGUACCCGUCCUUGCCCAGUUCUACUUCAGCAACCGCCUGGAUGGCAAGAUCAGCCUGUCUGGCGUUCAGCAAUCCAUCCUGCUCGCCAUCGGUCUGCAGCACAAGAACCUCGACGAUCUCGAGAAGGAGCUGAACCUCCCCUCGUCCCAACUCCUGGCCAUGUUCCUCAAGAUCAUUCGCAAGAUCUCUACUCACUUCCGCGCUUUGGUCGAGAAGAGCAUCGAGGAUACCCUGCCCGCCAAGAAGCAGGUCCUUGUGACUUCCGCCGCGCACGACGACGAGCCCGAGGCCAAGCUCCAGCCAUUGUCCGUCAGUCUGGAAGACGAACUCCGCGAGGGCGGCAAGAAGAUCGACGACGAGAUGCGUGCCAAGCAGCGUGCUAUGGCCGAGUCGAACCCUGAAGCACAAGAUGGCUCGAAGCCUUCCAAGCGCAAGAAGGUUGAGACUGCGCGCGAUAUCUACGAUAAGGAGAUUGACUCGAAGAGACAGAAGAUCAUCAAGAAGGGCACCGAGGGCCGCAAAAAGCGUUGA